AUGCUGAACAACGUUAACCCCAACACAGGAGCGGCAUUUUGGUUGAAAUAUGCCGUAGUCACACCGAACCAGCUCACAGCAGCAGCGCUGGUAGUCUCGUAUUGGGUCGGUGCUGAGCGAGUCAAUCCUGGCAUCUGGAUUACGGUUUUCCUUUCGAUCAUUGUGAUACUCAACUUCCUCAAUCACCGCCUCCCGAGCAGAAUUGAGUUCUACGUCUCUUCAUUCAAGCUGGUCGUCAUGCUUGGACUCAUGAUCCUUUCCACCGUCAUUGCUCUAGGAGGAGGACCGGAUCAAGACAUGAAAGGUUUUCGAUAUUGGUCGUACCCCGGUGCUUUCGGCGCCAAACCUCAUCACGACAACGCGUUGCUAGAGAAGUUCUACAUAACCUGCUCGACAAUGUCAUCGGCUACGUUUGCAUACAUCGGAAGCGAGCGAUCUGGCAUGACUCCCUUCCCGAAUGUUCGAAAGGCUACCUCAAGGGCUAUCCAGAAUACCUUUUAUCGAAUCAUGGUUUUCCAUCUUCUAGCAAUUACCCUUCUUGGGAUGAUUGUCCCUCAGGACUCGGCCACCAUGGUAUUUUCUAGCGAUUCGUCCCAUGAGGCUGCCGCAUCGGCAUUUGUUGCAGCUCUGUAUCUGGCAGGCAUCUCCGUGUUGCCGGACUUGUUGAAUGCAUGCAUCCUGUUGUUCGUUUUGUCGAUCGCAGACUACGAUCUCUAUCUAGCAACCAAGGCAAUGUGCGAUCUUGCAGUGAAGCACCGUGCCCCUGCAUUCCUAUCACGCACUACUCGGAGAGGCGUCCCGAUCUACGCGUUGGCUGUGUGCUCGUCCAUUGCAACAUUGGCAUAUCUCAACGUCCGCCAAGAUUCGACUGUUGUUUUUGGAUACUUCGUGGACAUGGUCACAAUGCUCGGGCUGCUCACAUGGAUUUCCAUUCUGAUCACUCACAUAUCUUUUGUGCGAGCACGAAAGGCUCAAGGCAUUCCCGACAAAGCUCUAGCUUUUAGAGCUCGAUUCGGUCUGCCUGGGACGUGUUUAGCUCUCAUUCUCUGCUUGUUCAUCUCUGUCGCCAUUGUUUUUGACUCCUUUAGCUUCGAUUCGGGCGUCCGGACAUUCGACGUCAAAUCCUUCAUUGCCUCGUACAUCAGCAUUCCUGUCUACAUCAUCUUGAUGGUUGGCUACAAGCUCGCUGUCCACAGUAAACGUGUUGACCCCAAGGAGGCUGAUCUAUGGACCGAUAAAAUUGAGCUGGACAGCGAGAGAAGGGAAGGCCAUCGCUGA